UGCGACCUAUUACAACAUAAUAAUCCAAACAGAGGAGGCAUUUGUGGGUUCAAUCUCUGAUCCUCUAAUGGCGGCCGAGAAGCGUUGUCUAUACGAGGUUUUAGGCCUAUCCCUCGACUGCUCCCAAGACGAAAUUCGAUCCGCCUACAAGAAGCUCGCCCUACAACGCCACCCCGACAAGCUCGUUCAAUCCGGCGUUUCUCAGGAGGAAGCCACCGCCCAAUUCCAAGAGCUCGUCCACGCCUACGAAGUUCUUUCCGAUCCCAAAGAACGCUCCUGGUACGACUCUCACCGUUCCCAAAUCCUCUUCGCCGAUCGCAACGACACCUCUAACUCCCCCAUCCCCGACCUCUUCUCCUUCUUCUCCAACACCAUCUAUUCGGGUUACUCCGACAAGGGUCGGGGCUUCUACAAGGUUUAUUCCGAACUGUUCUCUAAGAUUUACGCCAAUGAAAUUAACUUCGCUAGGAAGCUAGGGUUACGGCUGGAUAUUGUAAAAGAAGCUCCUUUGAUGGGGAAUUUAGAGAGCCCGUACACUCAGGUUACGGCUUUUUAUAACUAUUGGUUGGGGUUUUCGACUGUUAUGGAUUUUGUUUGGGUUGAUGAGUAUGAUGUUAUGGCCGGACCGAACCGAAAAUCGCGGCGGGUUAUGGAGGAAGAGAAUAAGAAGUUGCGGAAGAAGGCGAAAAGGGAGUAUAAUGAGACGGUUAGAGGGCUGGCGGAGUUCGUAAAGAAGAGGGAUAAGAGGGUUAUCGAUAUGGGAGUGAAGAGGAAGGAGGAGAUGGAAAGGAAGAAAGAGGAGGAGAGGGAGAGGAAGAAGAAGUUGGAGAAGGAGAGGUUGGAAAGAAUCAAGGCGUACGAGGGGCCAGAAUGGGUGAAAGUUGAUGUGGAAGACUUGGAUGAUUGGGAUGAGAUGGAGGAGAAAGGGAUAGACAAGGAAGAGUUUUACUGCGUGGCGUGCAGCAAGAAGUUCAAGAGUGAGAAGCAAUGGAAGAAUCACGAGCAGUCGAAGAAGCAUAAGGAGAAAGUGGCGGAGUUGAGGGAGUCGUUUAUCGGCGAGGAAGAAGAGGAAGGGGAUUUGGAGGUGGAACCGGACAUGGAGGAGAGGUUUAGGGAGAGUCUAAAGGUCGAAGAGGAAGGGGAGGAGGAAGGGGAGAAUGGAGUUGGUAAUCUAAGCGAGGAGGAUGACAGGUUUUUUGAUGUUAACCAAGGGGGUGAAGAGGGUGUUGAAAUCGAUAGUGAUAACGAUCAUGCUGAAGAAAUUAGUGUUCUUGAAGCAAUGCUGUCCAGGCGGAAAGAUAAGAAAAAUGUUUCUUUCAACAGCGAGGGUAUGGUUUCGCAGACUGGACUCCAUGUCAAGGAUGAAACCGACGAGGAAGAAUAUAUGGAAUAUGGUAGACGGAAAAACAGGAGAAGAAACAGAACAGGGAAGAAAGAUAAGGGUAAGAAGAAUAGCAGUGAUGCCAUGAAGAGCGACAUAAAUGAAGCUGAAAGCAAGAAUGAAGAAGCUAAUGUAAGUGAUUCUCUGCAUGUGGAUAAGCAGCCUGUAGAGGACGAGAGCAGUAAUGGUGAAAAGGAUGAUAAAUUAGGGAACAAUGCCAAUAUUUCAAAGCAACCUCUUGAUAGAAAAGGGAAUACAAAGAAAGAACUCAAUACUAAAUCGAAUAAAUCAUCCAAAGGAAAGAAAGCAAAGGCAACGGCAAAGCAUUCCGGCAAUGUAUGUGAGACAUGUGGAGAAGAAUUUCAAUCAAAGAAUAAAUUACACAAGCAUUUGGGUGACAGCGGUCAUGCUUCGUUGAAAUUCUGAUGAUAACAUUAUAAAAUGAUCCUUCAUUCUAACACUGUAUAUGUGCUACAGCAACGGCUCAAGAACUUAUUCUACCGAGCUCAAGUGACAUUAUUUUGGAUUUUUUUUUUU